AGCUAGCUAGCUAUGCGAGUUCCAAGCAGUAUUGACUCGGACGUGAAGUGGACGACGUGCUCCGAAGGUCAUUACAACAGCCCUAUAUGGUCGUAUCGGUGCUUGACCACGGAAUAAAAUGUUCCUCGCAUAAGUAUCAGCAACCCUGCAUACUUGAAUUAGGUUUUCUCGUAUUAUACGUAUGUUUUCCAUGUAAUGAUGUUAUGCAUGUACAUUGUUUUGGUCAG